AUGAAGUACACUGUCGUCGCAUCCACUCUGCUUGCCAGUGCCUCGGCACACACUAUCUUCACCCAGCUUUAUGUUAAUGGAGUGGGCCAGGGCCAAACAAAGGGCAUUCGUGUGCCGGUACGCUGUCUUUGGCCAAUCACCGACGUGACGUCCAACGACGACUGCAGCCCCAACCCGCUGAACACCCCUCUCCCCAAAGACAUCAUCAACGUCAAAGCCGGCGACAAGCUCACAACAGAAUGGCACCACACGCUCACCUCGACCCCAGAGACCGACUCCUCCGACCCCAUUGACUCCAGCCACCUAGGCCCAAUAAUGAUCUACCUCGCCAAAGUAGACAGUGCGUUGACCACCACCGUGACAGGUUUGAAAUGGUUCAAAGUCUACGAAGACGGCCUAGACAGCAGCGGCGUAUGGGCCGUAACCCGCCUAAUCAACAACAAAGGAAAAAUGACCUUCACACUCCCGUCUUGCAUUGCGAAUGGACAAUACCUCCUCCGCGCGGAGCUCAUCGCGCUGCACGCCGCCAGCAGCUACCCCGGCGCACAACUGUACAUGGAAUGCGCGCAGAUCAACGUGACGGGUGGAGGUUCCGCGGCGCCGGCGACGGUCAGUUUUCCUGGUGCGUAUAAGGGCAGCGACCCCGGGAUCACGUUUCAGCUGUAUUAUCCCAAGCCGACGAGUUAUACGAUUCCCGGGCCGAGACCGCUUGUCUGUUAG